AUGGAAAUUUUUGAGUUUUGUCUCCCCGAUGGAGGGACAAUCUCUGGACGGUUCAAUUUCCCAAAACCUCAAACUUCCAGCCAUUUACCGCUGAUCGUCUGCAUUCAUGGCGGCAGCUAUGACGCUGAGUAUUUUGAUGUCGAUGAAGACCACUCCAUUCUCAGCAUCUCAGUAUCGGCAAAAAUACCCGUCAUUUCCUUGACCAGACCGGGCUAUGGAUCCAGUUCCCCUGUCCCAACGGAUGACAGGGAUGAAGACACAACUUACGGCCAAGCCCAGGGAAAGUACCUCAAUUCUAUAGUAUUACCCUUCCUAUGGGAACAGUUCAAGGAACGUUCAGGAGCAACAGGCAUUGUGAUCAUGUCUCAUUCCAUUGGCGCGAUGAUCUCCAUCAUCAUAGCGGGGUCCCAUACGGGAACCGAAGGCUAUCCACUCUCGGGACUUAUCACAUCCGGGAUAAGCACCGAACUGGGCCCGGGACCGCGAGGAGCCAUGCUUCAUCUAUUAAACGAAACAACAGGCGUUGUGCAGUUCGAUGAGACCCCAAAAGAUGCCAUAAUGCUUCAAAUCCCCAUGAAUCAAUUCACGGAUCCCCAAAUGUGUCGCCACACAAAGCGUCUGAACUGGCCUCUGCCCCCUGGUGAACUCCACGAUAUCAAUAUGACUUGGCUGGACUAUUGGCGCAAGUACUCGGACCGCGUCACUGUUCCGGUCAUGCAUGCCUUGGCUGAAUUCGAUGGCCUUUGGACUUAUUCUCCAGAAGCAUUGGAGGAUUAUAAGAAUGCGUUCCCGAAUAGUCCGCAUGUUACCAGCGAGGUGGUUCCCAUGGCUCCUCAUUGUAUCGAGUUGAGUCUCCAGAGCAAACCCUGGUACAUGAAGUGCUGCUCUUUUGCCUUGCAGUGCGCUAUUUGGGAUGCUUUGCGGCCGACUUUGCCUCCUCCUACUGUGCCUGUGAUUGUUCAAAAGACCGAAGAGGAAAUCGACUCGGAGAAUGAGAUCGCUCCGCCUCAGGGUGGUAUUACCACCCUUGUCUAUACAACAACACGCUAUGAGGCGAAGGGACCUUGA